GCUCGAAAAGAGGCUCGGCCGCACCGAGCUGGAGCCGACUCGCCAUCGUCGAGUUUUUUUUUCGGCCCUACUUCUGUCUCCACGGCUGCCGACGAGCCGCGCAACCGAACUCACUGCAGGAGGACUCGCACAGAUCGGUGAGCGAGCAAGCGAGAGAUGGCUGGGAGGCUAACCGCGGCAGGGUCCCGCAUCCUGGGCGGCGGCGGCGCACGCGCCGCGGCUUCCGCCCUCCGACACCGCGCCGGCAUGGGCCUCCCCGUCGGCCGCCACAUCGUCCCCGACAAGCCCCUCCCCGUGAACGACGAGUUGGUAUGGGAUAACGGCACGCCCUUCCCGGAACCCUGCAUCGACCGCCUUGCCCCGCACAUCGGCAAGUACGAGGCGUUGGCGUGGCUGUGCGGAGGGCUAGGGUUCUUCGCUGCCCUCGGUAUGGCUGCUGUUGUGAACGACAAGGCCUCCAAUAUACCAUAUGGGCUGACCGGCGGCGUACCUGGAGAGCGGCCAACUGCGUCUGGCGGCCGACGACGUCUGCUCAGUCUGGGCGCGACUUCGUCUGGCGCGAUGGAGUUUGCUCAGUCUGGCGGCCGACGGCUCUGCGCGAUGGCGGCUGGGAACUGGCGUCUGAGGAGCGCGAUGGAUGAGCCGGCUGGACUCCCAAAGUCUACCCGUACGACAACUUGAGAGCUGAGCUUGGUGAUAGACCAUAGAAGGUUUUUUGUCUGUUUGACAAGGCACUUUGAUGAAUAUGAUCUGAGAUCUAUAUCUCCUUUCCAUCAGAGAGAAGCAGGGGGAAACUUAUUUACCAUGGUUUUUUUGUGACUGCCUUGUUGUAAACCACCGUUAUGUGAUUUGCUGAAUAUUGUGAAGCAUGGGUUUGCCCUACAAUAAUGCAACCAGCUCUGAACCUAUUCCUGAUGCUACAGAUUCGAGUAUUAACAAUCCGUUGCCAGCAUUUCUUA